UUGAAGUUUAAUCUAUUCUAUAAUAAAUAUCUUACUGUCAAUUGAUUGAAUCUAUCUGAAUAUACUCGGAUAUCAUCUUCUAUACAACCAGCGAGAAAUACAACCCCACAACAACAAACAAAAUGUCCUACCGCACCACCUCCAGCUCCUCCUCCGCCUACUCUUCCUACUCCUCUUCCACCUCUAACGACAACAACAACAACAACCCCCGAACCGAAUCGACCGGCCACCGCUACGCCACUACCUCACACACCGACCCCACUGGGGCUACUACCGUCCGCACCGGAUACCAGAAUCUAGGCGAGGAGCCGGUUUUCGAGGAACGGAGAUUCGAUUCAGCGGGUCGGGAGGGCGCGUUGUUGGAUACGCAGGGUGGAAUGGGUGCUGCUGGGGGAACUAGGGCUAUUAGGGAGUUGGAUGAGGAUGCUGACGAGGGGGAGUGGGAGGAUGGGACUUAUUAAGUAUUGAGUGAUGGGGUUUUGUGGAGGGGGUGAUAUGGUAUAUGUGUGUUUGAUUUGAUGGUAAUGGUAAUGGUAAUGAAAUGUGAUCAUAUUGAUAUACCGAAGUU